UGUACCAAACAUGUAACCAACACGCACAAAAUAAACACGAGUAUAACCUAGAGGUAACGACUGUCGGUGGCUUAUGCUGAUCCCCGAGCGAGGGGGGGGGGGAGACUCAUCGGCUCUACCAAAAUCCACAUUACGUUCUGUGUCUUCCUUCCUUCCACCUUUUCCCUUCCCAGCGUCUCCGCCUCUGCAUAUUAUUAUGUUCCGCCCCCUCUCUGCCCUUAAUGUAUCCUGGCGUUCGCAGGUACAGCCACACACCGGUCAUUUACUGGGACAGGUGGACACGGAGUCGCCAAGGUGAAACGAACACAGCAGACCUGUAUGAUUAUUGGUGGUCCAACCUGUCUCAAGUGAUCGGACGAGCCUGUUCGCCGGUGUCCUCGCCGACCAUCCAGCGCGCCAACAGAGGCGGCAGGCAAGGUCAGAACUCUCCCUCCCCCGGCUCCACAAGCUGCCCCGACACCUUCAUCAUUAACAGCGGCAGCAGCAGCAACAACGACAACAGCAACAACAACAACAAUAAUAUCUACAACAGCAACGCCGACAGCAUCAGCAGCAACAGCAGCCUGAGCAGCCUGACUGCGUCCAUCACCAGCAGGGAAGGUGGAGAGCAGACAAUGGCGUCCAACAUGUCUUUCGCGGACUGGCGUCAAGCGAGCAACGAGAGUCUUAUGACGACAGCUGAGAACCUCUUGGAUAAUUUAGAGGAUGUAGCUGAUAUACUCACUGAGAUAGACGACAAAUACAUUACGAGCGCAGAGAACGAGGAGGUGGACGACGCGAGGGCCAGCAUCAUCCAGCGGUUCCACGAGGGCGUGGAGUCUGCCCGCAAUGUGGUGGGCGUGCUCAAAAGGGAGAAGUGGCGACUCAGUAAGCGAGAGAUGAGCGUGGAGCUCAAGAUGGGAGAACUGGAAGACUACAAGUCCCAUCUCAGGAGUGAUAUGUCUUCUCUGAACCAAACAGUUGACGCACUGAGCAUGCGCGUGGUACAGCUGGAGAAUCAAUUGGUAGAGGCACAGGAAGUACAAGAAAAUCUGGAGGCGGAAGUAGCCGAACACAAGCGGUGUAUGGAGGACGCCACGCAAAAAUAUUCCGAACUUCUGAAAGAAAAGAACGCAGUGUCCAAGGAACUAGGGACACUGAAAAGCCACACGAUGGACACAUUGAGCAGUGAGAACAGCAUGCUGAAGAACGAGAUCAUGGUGCUUAGGGAUGAGAACCACAAGCUUAAGGAACUGAUCCGCGGCGCUGAGACACACCCACAGCAGAACGAUGACGACCACUUGGCGCGACUGACACGUGACUUUCUCAAAGAACUCUCCAGUCUAGAAGUAGAGAAAACAAUCCACGGAGACGAUUCCGUCGCCGAGCUACAAGACCAAGACAGUAGCAAACUAAAUGGCACAUUGUGAUGUUUUAAAUGGACAAACUGCUGAUCCGACCAUUAGUCCUUUGAACCCAGAAGGCCGGGAAAACCGCCAAGAGGCGCAUUUCUCGGCAUCCCAUAAGGCGGGUGCACCUUUGGCUCAACACUUUCAACUAAUCGAUUAGUCCAGGGACGGGUAUUUGGGAAACGUCGAGACAAUAGACCUAAAGGUACAGGAUUCAAGGGCUUUUUUUAAAGUUAAAGAAACAGAAGCAGUUCUUCUCCGGGCAGGAAGCAUAUGCUGCCGGUGGUUAUCCCAAUUCUCAUAGUUUGAGUUUGAAGUGGAAUGGAUGAUAUUAGUUGAGGUUGUUUUUUAUUAACCUUACAAAAAGGACAGUCGUCUGUCGCCUGAGUUUAGUCAAAUGGUAUAUAGGUUUAUCGCCCCUAUCAACACUAUUAGGUCAUGUAAGAGGAGGGACCUCCGAGUUUAACGCCCUUCUCCGAAAGGACCGAG